CUGAUGUGUUAUCAGAUGAGACUCUGCAGUACAGGCCGAACUUCACUUAGCAUAGAUGUAGUGGGAAAGUCAUUGCGGAAUUCGAAGCUAUUCCGACAAAGCUUUCAUAACUUCCGGCCCACCCCUCUCGGCGGAGCUUAACGGGUAGAAAAAAUGCAGCAGUCCAUCGUCGCUUCAGCUAAAUGUGUGUUUGAACGUUAUGGCGCUGCAAGCGUUGAAAGGACUGAAAGACGUCAUUUUGAAAGAUUUCCCUGCCGUACUGCAAAUCCUUGAGAAUGCCGCGAUCGCAGCAAUUCUGUAUGGGUUCGAAUACAUGGGGCAGAGAAUCAGCCCGUGCCCCUGUGAUCCGGAAUGGAACGCUACCUACGCCUUGCUUGCCUUUGUUGUCCCCGCAGUUAUCUUCUUUAUGAUCAGCCUGGUCGUGUUUCCGGAUUCAAGGCGAGCGCUGAAGUGUGGGCCCCGCUGCAUCCCUCGCCGCGGUGAGACCGGCAGUUACAAAGAGACCUGCUGCACCUGGAGUAAAUGUUGUUUUGUAAUAGUUACAUUCCUGAAAGUAGUGGUUCCGUCUAUCAUAUGGAUCAUCAUUCUACUGUUGGACGGGGAUUACUACACCUGUUAUAAAGACCAGGGGACCGACAGUCACAUAUGCAAACAUUUUUGCAGCUUUAAAAAUUCGACUGACCUGCGCCACCAUUGCCUCGGGUCUCGGAUGAUUGGUGUCAUUUUGCUGUUGAUCACUGUGACUCUGCUGGUACUUCUUUACUUCCUUCCUGCGUGGAAGUGUUGCGAUUGCACUCUUGAGCGAUAUUACGAGCAACAGUAUUGGAAAAUCGUUGAGCACGUGAAACUGACCAAGAUGAGGAAUGAAUUGGAAGAGAAGGCAACAGAGUUUGCGGAGGUGGAGGUGAAAGAGUUCAUUUGCAAACUGAAUCUCGGCAAUGUUGAGCCGAAGAAACAGCAGUCCAACUCCUCAGCGGAUAAUAAAGAUGAUGCAGCUAACCUUGAACCUACCCAAGUGAAGGCCCCCUUAAAACAACCACUACUCCGAAUGACGUCCGUUUAAGCUUUAUUCCAGCAGGCAUUGACACGUCAGUGGUUCUCCACAACUUAGCAAGACAGAUUGUACAUCUUCGACACUACCUGUUCAAAAUAUCUGCCUGAAACAACAAUCACAAUCCAUUAAAUUAAAACUCAAAAGAUACGCCUCAAAAGAAUGAACACCAAUCAGCCUUUACACUCGUAAAGCUGCAAACCAAAGCGCAAAAUUCCAGACUAUCAAAUUACAGUGGUAUGGGAGAGGAGUUGGCCAAAGUAAAUUGCAAGUAGAUGCUGGCAGGGAUGAAAGCAGAGCACCAAAGGCAUGAGUCUCUGGGAAAAAUGAGGAAGGUUCAGGAUAGAUAUAUUCCAAAAACGAAGAAAUACUCAAACGGCAAUAUAGUACAACCGUAGCUGAUAAGGGAAGUCAAAUCCAAUGUAAAAGUAAAGGAGAGGACAUACAACAAAGCAAAAAUUAUUGGGAAGAUAGAGGACUGGGAAACGUUUAAAAACCUACAGAGAUCAACUAAGAGAAUCAUUUGAAGGGAAAAGGCAAAAUAUAAAAGCAAGUAGCAACCAAAAUCAAAAUGGAUAGUAAAAGCUUUUUCAAGGAUGUCAGAGAUAAAAUAGAGAUAAGAGUUGAUAUGGGACCUCUAGAUAUUGAGGCAGGAGAAAUAAUAACGGAGGACAAGGAAACAGCAGAUUAACUAAAUGAGUAUUUUGUGGAAGACACAAUGAAGUGUGCCAGAUGUUGAAUGGUGUGUGGGAAGUGAAGUGACUGCAGUUACACUUACAGGGGAGAAAGUGCUCAAAAAUCUGAAAAACCUCAGGGUACACAAGGCACCCGGACCAGAUGAACUGCACUCAAGAGUUCUGAAAUACGAAGUGGUAGAGAUUGAGAAGGCAUUAGUAAUGAUCUUUCGAUAAUCACUGCACUCUGGCAUGCUGCCAGAGGAUUGUAAAAUUGCAAAUGUCACUCCUUUCUUUAAAGUAAGGAGGAAGGCACCAAAAAAGAAAUUAUAGACUAGUUAGCAUGACCUCAGCUGUUGGGAAGACGUUGGAGUCAAUUGUGAAGGAUGAGGUUAUGGAGUAGACGGUGAAACAAGAGAAGAUUGGACAAGGUCAGUGUGAUUUCCUUAAAGAAAAAUCGUGCCUGACGAACCUUUUGGAAUUCUUCGAGGAGAUUAUAAGUAGUAUAGUUAAAAGGCAUGCAAUGAAUGUUGUGUAUUUGGACUUUCAGAAGGCAAUGUGCUACACAUCAUGGAUAAAUUCACUCACCUCGGCACUGAACAGAAUCCACAACCUGUGGACUCACUUUCAAAACUCAACAGCUUCUGUUCUGCUGCUCGUUAUUAUUAAUUCUGAUUUUUUUUCCCUCAGUUCAAGAUUGUAAAACCUGAGGGACGGACUUAACCACGUACACUCAUUCCUCAAUUGCUAGGACUUUUCUGACUAUUUUAGUGGUGUUCACAACUGUGUUUUUUUGGAGAUUUACAUAGAUAUUGCGGUGUAGCUCUAAUUGUUUAAUGCUAUUGUGUAGAGACCUUGAGAUGAUGUAAAUUGUAGUUAUUACUAUUGGAACAAUGUAAACAUCUUUAUUAGUACGAUAUCUUUUUAAAAUUUAUUUGUUAGUUUUUAUUUCACUGCUCAAGCUAGUAAAACCCGAGGUACUUACAUAGACAAAUGCACUUCUCAAUUGCCCGGAACUUCUGGACUGUUCAUAUGGCGUUUAGCAUUGUUGGUUUCUGGAGUUUUAAAUCGAUAUUGUUGUGUAGCACUAACUGGUUAAUGCGAUUGUGUAGUGACUUUGGGAUGACACCAGUCGUGUAUAUUGCUAUUAGCACAAUGUAUACCCUGUUCAUGUUCCAUAAUCUCUCAAUUUCCUCUUUUAAUUCAGCUUACUUCUGGUGUUUCUUCCUUUCUGAUUUUUGAUUCUUAUGUCUGUUUGGAAUGGCUAUAUCUAUUAAGAAUUUUGUUCCUGCUUGUUUAUCCUGUACUACAAACGUUUGUAUUAUAUCUGCACUUCCAUUAAACAGUGUCCUAUCUGU